AGGCUACAUACAGAUCACAUCCUGCUUGUUCUAGGGGACCAUUAGGCCUCAAGAGGGAUUGUCCCUCUUCAUCAGCCAACCUCUCCACUUGCCUCACCACUUCACCAAGACCAUGAGUACUGGUGGGCACAGCAACCAUUCUUUAGAUUUCUUCAAUGGCACACCGUGGUUUAUCUAUGAAUGCUCAAUUGAGCUCAACACGAACUCCCGGCGUGUUGCCCUCUUCCUCAUUUACCUUUUCAUCUUCGUCGUGGGCCUGUUCGAGAACAUGUUGGUCGUCUGGGUCAACUGGCGGCGGCGGCACUCAGCCAAUGGGGUCCUAUUCUGUAUUAUCAAUGUGAGCCUUUCGGACCUGAUGGUGAUUGUGAUCUUGCCUUUCUUCAUGAUGGAGAUAACUGUGAACAGCGUGUGGCUGUGGGGCCGCUUCCUCUGCAAGGUCACCCACCUCAUCUAUGUGGUCAACUUCUACAGCAGCUCCCUCUUCCUAGCCUGCAUGACCCUGGAGCGCUACCUGUCCCUAACCAGGCCCUCCUCUCGAGCACGCUUCCCCGUGGCAGGCCGGAGACGCUGGCUCCUCUGUGGAGGCCUGUGGCUCCUCUCUUUUUUCCUGGCCAUACUGGAAAACGUUCACGUGGACCUUCUGGAGUGGGACGAGCCAGGCUGUUACAUGAUACCAGAACACCUUGGCUGGUACACUUGUGUGACCUUCAUAUCCCUGUUUUUCCAAUUCGUGGGGCCCGCCACUGUCAUCAUCACCUGUAACGUGCUGAUUGCCAGAGCAGUUCGCAAAGCGCCAGACGUGGAGGGCCACAGGGAUGUGUGGCUGGUGCAUGUAUACUCACUGGUGUUCGUGAUGUGCUGGAUACCAUACCACCUGGUGAUGUUUCUGAUGACCAUAGAUGACCUGGACCCCUUCCUCUUCAGCUGUAACACAGUAGAGCUCAUGUACUUCUCACACAGCGUGGUGCAGUGUCUGUCAUUUUUCCACUGCAUCGCCAAUCCUAUUCUUUACAACUUCCUCAGCAAGAGUUUCCAGAACAACCUCAUCAAUAUGGUGGUGGACUACAUACCAAGAGAGGCCCCUCCAGUGACUGAAGUCCAGGUUAGUUCAGGGGCCCAUCGUAAUGCCACCAACAAAGGAAGGACCAAGCAAGAGAAGCGAAGACCUAGUAACACGAGCACCAGCCACUCAGAUGUUGGAACAUAAGAAAAUACUCAAUGUCUAAGUUUAAGUUACAUCCUCACAAAGAACACACUAAAACAGUUUGUUUAGUUAUGAAGGAUAACGCAAGGAUAGGUAGAUUCUUAUUAAUGGAGGUUAACUGAGGCCAAUCUUGUGUGUUAUUUCACUCUGGUAAUGUUUAAUGUCUGUGGUGCAUUUUUUGUCUGGUAUGUAAAAGACAGUCUUGACACCUUUCAUCAUCAACCUCCUUGAUUUGUCUGUUUUGUUUUCAUUUGGCACAUCACCGGUGUGAAAAGACAAGAAACACUUUUUCCCCCCCUUCAAGUUGAUGAAGUCUCACAGGAACUCUCGGCAGAAGGAAUGCUGGUGAUAUAACAGGAAUGUCUGGAAGCAGAUCUGUUGUCUGACCAGUGCAAGAUAAGACCAAUUCUCAAACCAGCUUAGAGUAAACAUUCUGAAAUUGUGGCAGCAUAAUAGUGGAUAGAAUUUUUUUUUCUUUGUCAUCAUUUAUGAAUAGUUAAACAGGUUUAAUCUUAGCAUACAAUGAAUGAUUUUUGAUACUGCUGUACUCUGUAUGUGCUUUAAUAUGGAUGCCUUUAACGUUUAAUAAAACUACAUCAAACAGUAUUUGCAUAUUUGCACCCAGUUAAACAAGAAAAUGGC